AUGAACAAUCUCAACUGUGGCAGUAAGUUAGCUUGUCGGUACUGUGGUAAGACUUUUUCUCAAGCAGGUUAUAUCAAAGCUCAUGAAAGAUUACAUACUGGGGAGAAACCUUUUGCCUGUGGUGUUUGUGGGAAACGAUUCAGUGAUCCUAGUAAUUGGAAGAAACAUGAAAGAGUACAUACCAAAAUGAUGCCACCUGUCAUAUGUAAGAUCUGUGGUAAAGUAUUCUCUAGUCAAAGCAGUCUGAGCACUCACAAGAGGAUACAUACAGGAGAACGACCCUAUUCUUGUGGAUCUUGUGGCAAGAGCUUUACACAAAUCGGCACCCUGAGAACUCAUGAAAGAAUACAUACUGGAGAAAAGCCUUAUAUCUGUAAAGUAUGUGGACGACAAUUUGCUCAAAGCGGAAGCUAUAGAAUGCAUGAGAGAAGACACCUCACUGAUACCAUACAGAGAUGUCAUGUCUGUUAUGCCACAUUUACCAAAUGGCAAGAACUUCAGCAACAUAUGGCAAGUCAU